UUAUAUAUCGUUGCAAUACUGAAUUGAGCUAUCUGUCGUGUUUUAUGAUUUUGUAGAUUUUCUUUGUCAAAAUCAAAAGCUUACACAGUUAUUUAGAUGAAAUCUUUUAUUUUAUUCCGUGUUUUUAAUUCAAUAGAUUAGUUCAAUCUAAACCGAGAUAUAUAUAUGAAAUGUCGACGAUUUAGUAGUUCGCGAAGCGUUAUUCACCUCAACAUCGAUGCUGUAAAGUGCCCAUUUGAAUAUGGCAGAAUGCAAUAUGAAAACUGAAACUUCUGAUAUCAAUUUACUCAAGAGUACGAAAAUAUUAGUCUACGUCGAAGAAGCGUUGCAAGAUUUGCUAGUCGUAUCUUACGUAUUCGAUAGUAAAUUUUUCCAAGGCAUUUUACUAGAUUCGUCGAAAAGACGUAUCCCUGCUGGAAUUCCACUCCCGACGACGCCAAAUUCGAAGAAAAAUAAUGCCGCAGAAGAGGAUAUUUUAUGUAAAGCUAUCAAUCAACGGUUUACGUAUUUCCAAGACCUAUCGGUAAACGGAGUGGGAAAAUGGAAUGCGAAAAAGACGAAAAAUGGAAAGAUGAAGAAUACUCGGAUGAACGUUCGCUUGCGUCCGAGACAAGUGCUGUGUUCCAAAUGUCGUUCAAUUUGUAACGAGAAUUCCGAAAAUGUCGACCAUUCGAAGAAAGCCAGCGGCGACCAACCUGGCAGUAAAUUGGCAGUAGCUGUCGAAAACAGCCGUCGAUCGUUACGUCUUUCAACCACUAUCGAAAAGAGUCCAAGACCACUGCUGUACGAGAACUUUAAAAAUCAUCAGAUGAAAACCAGAAGUUCGGAAGAGUCGGCUGCGAUGCUGACACCUUCGCUAGUCCCGAAGUUAGCCAGAUUACAGCCGAACGAAAUAGCUGGCGCUUUGAAUGGUAAAUUUUCUCCCAAGUUGUCGCUGUUGAAUGGAAACUGUUGCCUUAAACCAGUCAUAGCGUCACCUAAAUCCGAAUCGUCGGAUAGUAAAUUCUCCCUAGAUGGCGAACAAGAAUUCGCCGUUUCGUUACCGGAACCGGGCAACAUACCGCAGAAGAGUGCCGUAGAUAUGGAAAUAGUCGCUAAUAAAAACGCAGCGAACGAAGUAGAUGGUAAAAUGGUGCUUCGGAAGAAGCACAGUAUCGGUAGCAUGGAAGAUCUAUGGGAUGAGAGUGUAUUCGAAGAUCAAAUGCUGAAAACAAAGACUACUCCGGUAUUGAAAAUAUCUUUCGGUACCGAAGGCCAAGGUACCGUUUUGAAAAUACCUGCCAAAAUCACCAAUAACACUAGCGAAAGCGAACCGGACGAGAGUCACGUUGAAACACGAUCUAUGAUGAGGGCAGCUCGUAAAGCGCACAAAAAGGCUAAAAAAGAGGCCAAGAAACGUAUGAUCGCUAUCACGUCUCCGGCUCGGUCUCCGGCGUACGAGAAUUUUUUCGCUCAUCGUAGCCGACAUAAGAUCAAGCGAAAACGAAAACACAAGUAUCAGCGUACCGCAGCGUCCGAAUUACACGACAGCGAUAGUGAGAAAAAUAAAAACGAAAAAUUAUCCAUUAGUUUUAAAAGGCUGGGCGGCAACGCGUACACAGCUACGAGAACCGAGUCGCCCAACUCCAGCCCUAGCAGUCAUUCCGACGAAGAUGCUAGUCCAGGGUUACCCGAAUCUGCUGGCAUCGAUCUUGAGUCAAUACCAAGCGAGAGCAGUUCGUAUAAGAUGAAGAAUGGCAAAGUCAUCGAAGUCGGAGAUGUGAUAUGGGGCAAAGUACACGGAUUUUCGUGGUGGCCGGGGAAGGUAUUAACAUUCAAAAUUAAUACUAAAGAACAGAAUAAAUUAUUCGCGUAUAUUUCUUGGUUUGGCUCAUCGACUGCAUCCGUAAUAACCUGUGAUAACCUGUGCCCUUUUUUAGAUAAUUAUAAAUUGCGGUUUAACAAACGCAAAAAAUCUGGUCAGUAUAAAGAAGCUGUUAAAAUCGCUACCGUCGAAGCGAAAAAGAAACGAGGAUUGCAUAUGCGUUCCAGAAAUUCAAUGUGCUCCGGCACGAGUCGUUUUUAAAACACAUUUUGCGAGAAAAAUCGUCGCAGGUCGAUUACCAAUAUGUAUAUAAGAAAAAGCCCUGAUUUAUGAACGUUUUUUAAUUUAUUUACCUACUUUGGUUGGUUAUUCGCUGUAUGUAUUGGUGUACAAUACUACAAUAUAUUCCAUUGAUCAUGAUUCAAGACUUGCUGUGAUCUACGACGUAGAUAAUGUACUGUGUUAUGUGAAAAACUCAACGCUCAUUGAAUUGAGAUUGAUUACCUCAACUGUUAGUCAGUUUAAUUUUUUAUUCAGCCAUUACAUGAUUUUUUUUCUUCAAAUAAUUAUUUAACCUUCUGAAAUCUCAAAACUGAUUCUAAACCUUAUAUUUUUCUGAAAGAAAAAAAUUCAUGCCUGACCCAUUUUUUUGAAAAAAAACGCAGUACAUACAUUUACUUCUUAGAUUUAUAUGUAUUUUUAAAAAAUAAUUAAUAUUAAUUUUGAAAGUGGUGAUCGGCCGUGAGAUUUUCAUCAAUAUCUAUACUAUGUAAGUAACUAAGCAUACAGUGUAUUAUAAUGGGCCAAAGUUUUACCAUUUCUCGUUAGAUUCUUGUUUUUAAUUUCUUUUAUUUUUAUCAAUUAUUAUUUUUUUUCGUUUGUUUUUAUUUUAAUCUCCUCCUUAUUUUAAACGUGUUUUUAAUUAUUUGAUUCGUUUCGUACGCGAUUAUUCCACCGGAAUAGAGAGAAACGAUGUAAUGCUUAUUAUAAUUAAUAAUUUACGAAUAUUUUAAUUUUUUUUUCCGAUGAGGACGUUGGACUUCAAGAUCCUGAGCUGAUACUUACUAGUCGGUUCAUAUUUCGUCAUUGGCCCUUUUCGUGAUCCCUCAUGAAUUUUAAUGACUGAUACGAAUUUUUUGAUGGUGGAAAAACACUAAGGAGUAGAGCUGUUUCGAAUUAUUAUUGAGCUCUACUCAUUGUUAUACCAUUUUGUUUUACUUUUUAUUAUUAUUUAUUAUUAUCGUUUUAAUGUAUUCAUUUUAUCGAUUUUUCCCCUUCGUAUACGAUAUAAUUUUUACACGGUCUUUUUAUGAUGUAUAUUAGCUUUAUGUAUGUAUUUUAUCCUGUAAAACGAUUACAUUGCUGUUGCCUUGGAAGAGCAGAAAACCCAUGUUUGGUGUAAUUGGUACCAUUUGAAGUUGUUUUUGUUAUCAAAAUGUAUUAAUUUUGGAUGCUCGAAUGGCUAAGGUUUAUUGAAAAUCUGUUUCGAUCGAGGGAGAAAUACCUUAUUUUAGAUGUUUUCAAGUUACCAAUUUUGUUUUCCAAAAUGAUGAAAUUUUAGAAAAAUUUUUUCAUUAUUCAUCUUAAAUUAUUUCGACUUAUGAUCUUUCAUUUUUUUUUUCAAAGUUUUAUGAAUAUUUUAAAGAUUUUUUAUCCUUGGUUUUGCGAAUUUAAGGAAUUUGACUUUGAAAAUAGUCGUUAAUUUUCUUAUGCAUUUCUAGCUUGAUCGGUAGAUCGGUACUACAUAUAAACGUAAUAAAACAUCAAUUUAUUCUCUCUCGAUUGGCUAAAUAUUGUACAUUUUUUCGCCAAUGAACCUUAUCAAAUGGGUUUUCUGGACUUCUGACGAUUUUUUCCAACUAUGUAAAUAGAAUACAAUACCUACCUCUUGACAUUGUUUCGAGGAUCAUGAAAAUCGUCUUUACAGUAUUACCACCUCGAAGUGUGGUCAUUGUACAAAUUUUUUAAACGUUGCACUAGUCAUAUCAGAAUUUUAGCCGAUGUAUUGCUUUUUAUUAUUUUAAUCAUUUUUUUCUUUCACAUUUUACUACGGUAGGAUUCGAUUAUCGCGUUUUUGCCCUCUUCUUUUUGUCGUAAUCAAAAUGGUUUUUAAUAAAGUCGAUAUUCGUUGUACAUAUUAUAUAUUCGAUUUUGGUUUUUAAUACGCAGUUUGAGUCUUUCAUUUUUUUUCCUAUUUCGAGCAUGUGUCGUACGAUUUUAUUUUUAUUUUAUAUUUAUUCGAACGUGGAUCAGGUUUAUGGGGUAAUUUGGGGUAUAUUUUUGAAAACAGUGAUAACCAAAAUGUGAAACAACUAAAUAGGAGGUAUUUUACGUUGUUUCUCGAUGAACUUUUUUUUAUCUUUAAUUAACCCUGCUAAACAGAUUUUCUGCCAGUUGUAUUAUUUUUCUUUCGAAGAGCUUUUUACCUAUCUUGAUUCGUAUUUGGAAUUUGGAUUUUUUUUCACAACGUUCGUUGUUUCGGUUGUCUUAUUUCUUCUUUACCCAGCGACGUGAUUUUUUUUUUUUUUUUUUUUUCAUUCAUUCGUGUAUUCAAAGUCGGAAGUCUUUCAACGCGAUGUAGGAUGUCAACUCGAAUAUUUUCGAUUUUCUCUUUUUUUAUUAAUCUUUUCGAACUAAUUUAAUUACCUAUCUACGAUGGUUUGAAAUAUUGAGUUUGAUUUUUGAAUUUAAUUAUUCGCCUUGCCCAUUAUUUUUGAUUAAAAUAAGGAAAGAUAUCAAAAGUAUCGGAUAACGAUUUUUUUUAUUAAGUUUUAAUUCAUGUGUAAUUUCUAUGUACAAGGAUAAUUUCGAUGCACUUUUUUUUUACCAAUAUUGUUUCUAAGACAUCCAACUUGGAAACGUCACUUUAGCUAGGUUUCUUUUUUUCUAAAUGCUAGUCCGUCUAAUUUCGUAAGAUCGACUGAGCCGAAAAUAAUGUACGAUUGGAUAAAUAACGUCGAAGAUUGUAUUUUGCGUUUACGUAGACUUUGUAUUGAUUUUAUAACAUCUAAGGAUCAUGGUACGCUUGAUGGUUUCGUUAAAAAGGAUUUUUUUCCAUGGGGAUAUCGAGAUUAAUAAUGGUUAAUUACGUAAAUGCAUAUUUAUCGCUUCCUUUUUAUGUGUAUUUUACUGUUUUAAUUUGUAUAAAAGUCUUACGAAUACGUGGUAAGAAGUUAAGGAAUGUUUUCGUUUAAUUAAAUAAAAGGAAAAAAGUAAAAAACAAAAAAAAAACAUAAUUCGUGCAUAUUGUUAUCUGUGAUUGUAGUAUUUGUUGUGCAAAUAUAUUUUUGUCUUCGAUUGCAUAA